AUGACCUUAGUAGAAACUGACGGUCCAACAUUUGAGUUGUUAGGAGGUUACAUCACUAUUAAUGACUUAUUCCUUGAAGCGGAUGAAUCAAAUGGUGUAUACUUAGGUGAUACUCCUUUCGGAGGGUGGCUGAAAGUGGGUGAUCCAAUUUUAUCAUUGGAAGGGUUUGGAACUGAGUUUUAUAUUUGUCCAGAGCAGUCGAUUCCUUUACAGCUUAAUAUGAUCGACUGCAACUGUUUUAUUGGUGAGUUACAUGUACUCGAAGAAGAACCUACAUCUGUAACAGAUGGCGCAACUAUUGCUUAUGUAUCAAGUGUCUGUAAUAGUGGAUCUAGCUCUACUACUGCUGCUACUACUGCUACUACUAAUGAUGCUACCAUUACUACAACAUACACUUCCAACGAAAUCAUUACAAUAACCGAUUGUCCAGAAACUGUUACACAUUGUCCUUUGAAUUCAAUCAGAACUACUACAGUAGUUCAUACAAUCACGACCAUCUAUUGCCCUGAGUCUGACGGUACUACCACAUCUACAUCUGAGAAUACUCAUACUGCUACUGGUUCUACCAUAACUACAACUUUUACCUCCAAUGAAGUAAUUAAAAUCACAGAUUGUCCCGAAACUAUAACAGAUUGUCCUUUGAAUUCAAUCAGAACUGUCACAAUCAUUCAUACACUCACAGCUACUUAUUGGCCUGAGGUAGUAAAUAACUCUCCAGAAGCUGCUUCACCGUUAGAAAUUUAUACAACGCCAAUUGUUAAUACUAAGAAUGGUGGUGCAAUUAGUACAGGAACUGGUCUUGUGGCUGUUAUCACUAAUGAAGUUGGGGCCACCACUGCUACUCUAAUUACUUCGGGUGUCCAAUCGUUAUACACUACAACUGUUACUAAUACAAGUUGUACUGAAAGUUACCCAUGUACUAAGACAGCUGUUGUUGUUGUAGGUAGCAAUGCCUCAGGAGAAUUCACAUCUAUAGUGGCCGAAGGAAAGAUUGAGUCGAAUACUGCUGCUCAAAUAAACGCUGAAUCAAUUUUUACAAACAGUGCUCGAACAAAUGCUAUUCAACCAAAUGUAUCAAACAAUGCUGAUAUUACCACUGCCACUACCAUACUGGAUGUUCAUUCAACUUUUGAUACUAUUCCUUAUUCUUCUACUUUGGUAUCAUUGGGCCCUUCAGUCAGCAUCGUAGAUGAUGAAAGUGGAGCUGUGGCAAAUGAGUGGAAGAUUCUUACUUCAUAUAUCGUUUCUUUAAUUAUCCUUGCUUUUGUCUAG